UCCUCCCCACCUGGUUGGUGGCCGCGUCGGCCCGUCGCCCCCCUUCUUUUGUUCCUUCCGUCUUCUUUCUAAUUCGCAACCUUUCCGAUCCCUCGCCGACUCUUCCCGCAGCUUUCGUCGCUCGAUUCAGCUUCUUUUGCAACUUCAACCAGAUGGCCAGUGGGUUUGGGGAGUCAUCGUCCGGUAGAGAUCCUCAGAACUCUUCGUUCGGGGAAAGCAGUAGCAACAAUGAUGCUGGCAGCUUUGAAUGUAACAUCUGCUUCGAGCUGGCCCAGGAUCCGGUGGUCACCCUCUGUGGUCACCUCUUUUGCUGGCCCUGCCUAUACAAAUGGCUCCAUGGCCAUGCCCAGUCUUCUGAAUGCCCUGUUUGCAAGGCCAUCGUCGAAGAAGAGAAGUUAGUUCCUCUUUAUGGCCGGGGGAAGAACUCUACAGAUCCACGGUCCAAGUCCAUGCCGGGCAUGAACAUUCCCCAUCGCCCAGCUGGGCAGAGGCCAGCGACAGCACCCCCGCCGGACCCGAACAAUUUCCAUCAUGCUAACCCAUGGUUCAUGGGUGGAGCCCCUGUCGCUAGCACGAGAUUCGGGAACUUCACGUUCUCUGCAGCUAUUGGUGGCUUGUUCCCACUUCUGAGCUUUCAGGUUCAUGGAAUUCCUGAUGCGACUGCCUACGGUCCCGGUGCAGGGUUCCCCUAUGGGUAUGGCAAUGCAUUUCAUGGUGGGCAUGUUCACGGAUUCCCGCGGCAUGUGCAACAUGGACAACAGGCUGAUGUAUAUCUGAAGGCACUGUUACUUCUUGUUGGUGCUCUGGAACCAUGUCAUGUAUGAAGAAAAGCUCCUGUAGUUGCUUAUUAGUCUCUUUGAGGUUUGAACAGCUUAAACUUCUGUUCUCCCUUCUUUCUCUUGUUAAUGUGUAUCUUGUAGUCUUUCAGGAAGUGCGUGAUUCAAGGUUGAAAAGUGUUAAAUUAGGUGGUUAUCGGUUUAUAUUCUUUGGUUUAACCCAGAUGUUAUGGACCAAACAAGGUUAAAGAGGGUUAGACUUGGUAUUCUUGUAGGCUGUCAUUGGAUUUGCUGCUGUUGUAUAUAGUAAGUGAUGAUCUACUGCUGCUAAUUGCUUGAAGCAAUUGUGAGGAUCUGUGUAAACAGAAGAAAAAUUUAUUGAUGCAGGAAUGUGCUUUGUUGCCCUCAGAUGUAAGUUCUAUCUAUGCAUUCUAGUAAGCUAGGAACCCUUUCACA